UUCUGUGGUACUACAUGAUUUGGCAAUGCAGCAUUUGAGCUUGGUUUUGAGUCAGAGUAGCCAUCUUCAUGUGUAAUUAACUAUUUAUGGUAGUUUACAGCACAUGUAUUAUGGUAGAUUUUCAAUGCUUUAGGUAUGGAAGGAGAUAACGAUAAUAACACACCACUCAUUAAAAUCGAACCAAAACAAGAAGAGGAAAUCCAUUCUUUUCUUCAGGGACACAUUUCAAUAAGCAAUGAAGUUUUGGUGCCAAUAAAGGACGAAAUUACCAUUAGUACGCUCUCUUCUAAAUCUCUUUAUAGUGGUGACAUACAGCAUCACUCUGAUUUUUUAACCCUGUGUAAAACAGAGUCUAAAGAUUUUACAUGUAGUGAUUGUGAUUAUGGGACAAAUAAUAUAUACCUCUUCAAACAUCAUCUUUUAAUACAUAAAGUUUCAAAGGAUUUUAAAUGUGCUGAUUGUGAUUAUGGGACAAAUGAUAAAUACGUAUUUAAAAAACAUCAUUUAAUACAUAAAGAUUCAAAGGAUUUUAAAUGUGCCACUUGUUAUUAUGGGACAAAUAAUAAAUACCGCUUCAAACAACAUGUUUUAACACAUAACGUUUCAAAGGAUUUUAAAUGUGUUGAUUGUAAUUAUGGGACAAAUAAUAAGCACCUCUUCAAACACCAUCUUUUAAUACAUAAAGUUUCAAAGGAUUUUAAAUGUGCCGAUUGUGAUUAUGGGACAAACAAGAAAUUUAACUUUAACCUACACCUUUUACAACAUAAAGUUUCUAAAGACUUUAAAUGUGCGGAUUGUGAUUAUGGGACAAAUAAUAAAUACCUCUUCAAACAACAUAUUUUACAACAUAAAGUUUCAAAGGAUUUUAAAUGUGCUGCUUGUGAUUAUAGUACAAAUAAUAAACGUAACUUCAAACUACAUCUUUUAAAACAUAAAACUUCUAAAGAUUUUAAAUGUACCGAUUGUGAUUAUGGAACAAACCAUAAAUGGAACUUCAAACAACAUCUUUUAAGACAUAAAGUGUCUAAAGAUUUUAAAUGUGCUAAUUGUCACUAUAGGACAAAUAAUACACGCCACUUCAAAAGACAUCUUUUAAAACAUAACGUAGUUUUUAUAUGUGGUGCUUGUGAUUAUGAGACAAACAAGAAAUUUACCUUUAACCAACAUCUUUUGAAACAUAAAAUUUCUAAAGAUUUGAAAUGUGCUGAUUGUGAAUAUGGGACAAAUAAUAAAUACCUCUUCAAACAACAUUGUUUAACACAUAAAGUUGCAAAGGAUUUAAAAUGUGCUCAUUGUCAUUAUGAGACAAAUGUUAAACGGAACUUGAAACGACAUCUUUUAAAACAUUUUAAAUGUGCUAAUCGUGAUUUUGGUAAAACCUAUCCGAAGCAGCAUCUUUUAAAACACAAAGAGUCUAAAAGUUUUUACAUGUGCUAAUUGUAUUGUGAGAUAAAUAAUAGGUUGGACUUCGAGCAAGACCUUUUGGAAUGCAUUAGGCAUUGUCUUUAAAUCAGGCCAUGGUUUAGGGCCCCUAUGCUGCAAGGGUCCUGACUCGGCACACUGCUAAUUAGCUACUACAAUUUGAAUAUUUAGUUAAUCCCUAGAUACAUUAACCGAUUCUUUAUUAAUAGGUACCUAUAUGUCACAAAAUGUAUUAUAAGUAUGUGUAUAAUAAAAUAAAAUUUAUGCAUAGCAAUCAUAACACACACCAGACACAGAAAGUGGAAUAACUUGUAUCAUUUGUUUGGUUUGCUUGACAGUUUUUUUAAUUUAUUACAUUGCAAAUUAGUUCAUUUCUUGUGAUAAACGACUUGACUGUACUACAACUGACCUUAGCCCAUAGAUUAUAGCGCUGUUCGUUUAUGCGUUCUGAUCACUGCUCUAAGGGACCCUACAGACCGACGUUUUUGUAAAUAUAUUAAUUUGAGCUUGCUAAUUCAUUUUAUUUUGGAAUGUCUCAUUCUAGAACUCUCCCGCGAAUUCCUGUGGAAAUUUCUGGAAUUAUUUUGUACAUUUUCUUUUGGAGCCCGGCAGUUCUACCGUUUAGAACGAACUCUAACUUUACUUUAAAUAUUGGCAGUUUUUCUCUUUCGUUUUAUGGGAGACAAAUAGAAGUUCCGUUGUUGACCUUGUUUUGGUGCAUUGUGGCGGGGAGAAUAACGCCGUCAUCCCUCGUAAACAAAUAAAAUGCAAGGAUAUCGACAUUAAAUUGAUUAUUUAUAAUUAAAUUUCUUGCAGCAUUUCAUCAUAUCUUUAGCAGGUUCAAUAUGUUGCCGUUCCUUUACAGGGUGCUUCAUCUGGGAGCGAGUUGCGUUAGAGGUCAUGAUUUUUGAACGAUUGCACUUGAGAUUGAAGUAUAAAUGACGUCAAUCAUCGCAUAUGCGAAGAAAAAGACAUGUCUUGUAGUGGGCGGCUACCUGCGGCU